AUGGACAAAAGAAUAUCAGAUGCGGCAGAACUGCUGCGACAGGCUUCGAGUAUGUUACUGUCAGUAGAUCCAGGAACUUCUUCAUCUCCAGCUUUAGUGCGAAGCCCAGAGGCAGAGUCUGAACGUCCGACAGUAAGACCACAGGGAAGAUCAGUAAACGAGACCCUCGCAAGAGCAAGGAGUAUGAUGCAAAGCAGUAGAACCACUGGAGUGUUUAGGCGGCUUAGCAGCAGCGAAAGAUUGAGAGCAACUUCAGGACCAAAGGAAAAGAAAAGCAAAACGACUUCUUCGACUGGUAGUAAAGAUAAACCUUUCGAAUUUGCCCUGCUUGCUUGUGGAGAUGUCGACAGUGAUGAACCAGAUGACAGCUUGAAGAAGGACAUGAUUCUGGAUCGAGGUAUUGUGAGUCUUAAUGAAAAAGAUAACGAAGCUGCUAUUCGAGAAAAACUUCUUUCAUCGCUUAAAGGCAAGUAUGGCAUGAUUGGUCAAAAUGAUUUUGAAUUUAUAAAAGUAAAUCAGAAAAAAAUCUCG